UAAGGCGCGUACGUGUCCAGGCCUGAACGUGUCAGUACAUGUCCCUGAGCUAGUGGACACGUGUAGUGUGGGUCCACCCCAGCGUCCCCCACCCUGCGUACAGACUUCCAGCAGGUUCUCCAGUCCAUCACGGGAGAGUCGCCGCUCCCUGCGCCCAUCCGCACCGACGCCAACGAGUUCCCCGGCUUCUCCAUCGCGGUGGCGGACUGGGAGGUCAGGACGCAGAGCUACCGCAACCCGUUCUUCAUCCGGCAGGCAGGCCUGCUCGACCAAGUUCUGGGCCAAGUUGGAGAGUGACAGCUUCAGUAGGGAAGAAACCUCCACAAGCAUCAUAAGUUGUACCAAGGUCCACCCUCGCGUCCCCCACCCUGCGUACAGACUUCCAGCUGGUUCUCCAGUCCAUCACGGGAGUGUCGCCGCUUCCCGCGCCCAUCCGCACCGACGCCACCGAGUUCCCCGGCUUCUCCAUUGCGGUGGCGGACUGGGAGGUCAGUACGCAGAGCUACCGCAACCCGUUCUUCAUCCGGCAGGCAGGCCUGCUCGACCAAGUUCUGGGCCAAGUUGGAGAGUGACAGCUUCAGUAGGGAAGAAACCUCCACAAGCAUCAUAAGUUGUACCAAGGUCCACCCUCGAGUCCCCCACCCUGCGUACAGACUUCCAGCCGGUUCUCCAGUCCAUCACGGGAGUGUCGCCGCUCCCCGCGCCCAUCCGCACCGACGCCACCGAGUUCCCCGGCUUCUCCAUUGCGGUGGCGGACUGGGAGGUCAGUACGCAGAGCUACCGCAACCCGUUCUUCAUCCGGCGGACAGGGCUGCUUGAACAG